GAUGCCACAAUCUAGUCGGUACGGAUAUCCGUUCUAUACGUUCUAUACGUAUCAGAUCCAAUCAAGAAGGGCAAGAGCGACUUUUAGUCCUCGUUAUGUAAGUGGGGACGUGUUACUCUUUUCGGACAUGUCUACUUAGUCCCUACUUAACUUGGUCCUAUCAUCUCGUCUCGUUUUCCGUCUCUGUCUCUCCAUUUUCUUUUCUCUUCUCUUCUCCCCUCCUCCCUCCUCUCCCUCAUCCGUAAUAAUUACCUCCCUCCUCUACCUACGCCUCCAUCUUCAACCUCAACCUCAACCUCAACCUCACCAUCCACCUCCAACCUCGCACUUCUCGUCGUCGCUCCUAGCAAGCCCUCACAUUCUUUUUCCCUAUACAUUCCCUAUUUCAAAGAUCCAAUCUUUACAUGGGCUUGCUGUUCACUCCUUUGAAGACUGUCUAUAUCUCUAUCGUCGAAUGCUAGACUUCUGAUCGUUUGGAAUUGAUUCAUCGGGUCGAAAAAACAACACCACCACGCACCUUCAGACGAGCACUCGCAUUUGCUUUUUUGUGUCUAAUUAAACACCCUAUCAUACGAGUAAUCCUUAGCAGCCAUGAAGGCGACCUUCAUUUCCUUCGGCCUUAUUGCCUCUGUCUCCGCCAAUAUUGUCUUCAAUCAUGUCCCAUUAAGCUGUGAUAUUCGAAGCAGUAAUCUAUACUAUGGUUGUCUCGAAGGUCAAAAUUGUACAGAUGACGGAACUAAUGAAUGUUAUGUCCCAUCUACUCCAAUGCCAUCUCGUUAUUAUCCAGUCCCAGUCAAAGAUCGAACCAUUGAGCCAAGACAAGCUGUCUACUCAACAGAUGGUACCUGUGGUCCUGCCAACGGUAACACUCUCUGCGAUCCAAACAGUACAGUAUACAAAGGGUCAUGCUGCUCGUCAUACGGCUGGUGUGGAAAUGAUGAAGCUCAUUGUGGAACUGGAUGUUUAUCAGGAUGUACUGGCGGCACUACAACUCCAAGCGGUACCUCUCCUCGAUCUGAUGGCCGAUGUGGAAGUGCUUUCGGUGGUGCUACCUGCGAUGCCAACGGUGAAUAUGGUGGUUGUUGCUCUUCGUAUGGUUAUUGUGGAUCUACAACUGAUCACUGUUUGGCUUCCAAUGGUUGCCAGAAUGGAUGCACAGGCUCACAAUCUUCAUCAGCCGCCAAGACUACUACCACAGCUGCAGCAGGCAGCGCACCCUCUUCAUCUACAACUCAAGAACCAGUGAUUGCCCCAGUUACUUCUACACUUACGCCUGCCGCAGCCAGCAGUGCACCAGUAACUACUGAUGGAUCAUGUGGUACUGCCAAUGGAGGUACCGUUUGUGGCAAUUGGGUAAAUGGAAAUUGUUGUUCCAUGUACGGUUUUUGUGGCAGUACCAAUGCGCAUUGCGGUGCCGGAUGCCAAUCAGGAGAUUGUUUGAAUGCGCCUGCGGUUGCAGCUCCUGGUGCAAGCCCUGCCCCAGCUGCCCCAGUAGGAGGUGCCUUUAAUAUCGUCGGGUCGUCUGGAGUUCCUGCUAUGCAUGCUGCACUUAUGCCAAACGGUCGAGUUAUGUUCCUCGACAAAUUAGAGAACUACACCCAAUUGAAAUUGCCAAAUGGAUACUACGCCAUGUCUUCAGAAUACGACCCAGCCACUAACGCAGUCGCCACUCCUUUAGCUUACAAAACAAAUGCGUUUUGUUCCGGAGGCACUUUCCUUGCUGAUGGACGUGUUGUUUCUCUUGGAGGCAACGCGCCUUUAGAUUGGCUCGAUCCAAACAUUGGGGAUGGAUUCGACGCCAUUAGAUAUCUUGAACGAUCAUCUACCGAUGCUAGCCUCAAUGGAAAAGACUGGAGUGAACCAGGUAACAAGCUCGCGAGUGCUCGUUGGUAUGCUACUGCUCAAACUAUGGGUGAUGGAACCAUUUUUGUCGCUUCUGGAAGUUUGAACGGCCUCGAUCCGACUGUCAAAACGAACAACAAUCCUACAUACGAGAUUCUCAGUGCUACCGCUGUGUCGCAAGGUAAGAACAUUGACAUGGAAAUUCUGGAGAAAAAUCAGCCAUAUUAUAUGUAUCCUUUUGUUCAUCUCCUCAAUGAUGGAAAUUUGUUCGUCUUCGUUUCCAAGUCUUCCCAAGUACUCAAUGUCGGUACCAACACUAUCGUCAAGGAAUUACCUGAACUUGCUGGAGACUAUCGCACAUAUCCCAACACUGGUGGAAGUGUUUUACUCCCUUUGUCAAGCGCAAACAAAUGGAACCCUGAUAUCAUCAUCUGCGGCGGAGGUGCAUAUCAAGAUAUUACCAGUCCAACAGAGCCAAGUUGUGGAAGAAUCCAGCCAUUGAGUGCAAACCCCACAUGGGAGUUGGACGCUAUGCCUGAAGGCCGUGGUAUGGUUGAAGGAACCUUACUUCCAGAUGGAACAGUUGUCUGGCUUAAUGGAGGGAACUUGGGUGCUCAAGGAUUUGGACUUGCAAAAGACCCAACAUUGGAAGCUCUUCUUUACGAUCCUACGAAAGCUAAGGGUCAAAGAUUCUCAACUCUUGCCACAUCAACUAUCCCACGUCUCUACCAUUCUGUCUCUCUCCUCCUUCUUGACGGUACACUAAUGGUCGCUGGCUCAAACCCUGUCGAGAUGCCAAAGCUUCAACCAGAUGCAGCCGAUCCAUAUGUUACGGAGUUCCGAGUUGAGAACUAUGUUCCUCCCUAUCUCUCAGGCGAUAAUGCAAAGAAGCGUCCUACCAAUGUAAAAUUGUCAUCAGGUAGCUUCAAAGCAGAUGGUAGCACACUUGAUGUCACAUUUGAUUGUCCAGCUGGCGCGAAAGCAGUUACUGUAACUUUGUACCACGGUGGAUUCGUCACUCACUCUGUACAUAUGGGUCAUCGCAUGCUGCACUUGGAUAACACAGGCUUCGUCGCUGGUGCCACACAGCAGAAGUUGACUGUUACUCGACCACCAAACAACAAUGUUGCACCUCCAGGUCCAUAUGUUGUUUACAUUCUUGUAGACGGCAUUCCUGCCAUGGGACAGUUUGUUACGGUUUGAGGGAUUGCGUUUUAAUGAGGUUCAACGAGAUUUUGCCGCAUAGCUUUGGUUUGGGAUGAAAUAUGGUGUGAUAUCCGGAUGACCAAAAUUGUACGCAGGGCUAAUAAGGCCAGGGCUAAGAGUUAAGACUCAAUAGCGAAUAAUGUUAAUAAUUCUUCAAUUUUGUAUUAAGGUUCCCAUGGAUUAUGACUAGUGAAGUCGAUUAGAUAAAGAAUGUUCCUACGUGAUCCACAUCGUAUUGAGAGGCUGAAAUUCUCCAUGCCAAUACUAUAAUAUAACAAGCCUGUA